AUGUCAGAUGCUUGGACGGAUAAAAGGCAAAGGAGCAUUAUUAAUUUUCUUGUAAACUCUCCAGCUGGGACAAUGUUUUUAAAGUCUAUUGAUGCUUCUGAUUAUGUAAAGACUGGUGAGAAAGUAUUUGAGCUUCUUGAUGAUGUUGUGGAGAAAAUUGGUAAGCACAACGUUGUUCAAGUUGUAACUGAUAAUGGGAGUAAUUAUGUUCUUGCCGGUAAGUUGCUGAUGGAGAAAAGACCAAAUUUGUUUUGGACUCCUUGUGCUGCCCACUGUUUGAAUUUGGUGCUUGAAGAUAUUGGAAAGUUGCCAUUAAUUAAAAAAACCGUAAAAAGGGCCAUUUCGUUGAUUAGCUUCACUUAUAGUCACUCUAGCACGUUAGCUAUGUUGAGACACUUCACAAAUGGCAAGGAGUUGGUAAGGCAUGCAGUCACCCGAUUUGCCACUUCAUUUUUCUCUUUGGAAAGGCUUUAUGAGGAGAAAGAAAAUACGAGAAGAAUGUUCAUCUCGGAUGAAUGGGCAAAGAAUAAGUUGUUAAAGGAGGCAAAGGGGAGGAAGGCAACAAAGAUUGUUCUCAUGCCCUCUUUUUGGAAUCUUGUCAAGUACACCCUUAAGAUCUUGGGCCCUCUUGUUCGGGUGCUUAGACUUGUUAAUGGGGAGAAGAAGCCACCAAUGGGAUAUAUUUAUAAAGCAAUGGAGAAGGCAAAGAUAUUCAUCAUGAAAACAUUUCUUAAUGAUGAGAGCAAGUACAAUGAUGUUUUUAAAAUUAUUGACAACAGAUAG